CCGCGCAGUUCUCAUCAUCACUCCAGCGGAUGGGCUCUAAACAAAGAAUACCGCUGAAGACAGAGCACCUGAUCUUUCUCGAAUGCAGACUGUAAAGUGGUGUAGCUUUUUUGAAUGCGCUUUAUUGUCCUUGAACUGUGACACGGAUGAUUAGGAGCAUAUAUAGUUGAAUAUCGUACAUUAGAUCCGCGUUUAUAGACACAGUAAUAUAUUUGCUUGCGCAAGUAUGCCGAGAAGAAAACAACAGGCGCCGAAACGUGCUUCAGCUUAUGAUUCAGAGAAUCUUAAGGAGACCACCACACAGAUUGAAGGCAUUGGAAGUGAUUGCUCAGUGACCAAGAACAAACCACAGGGUAAAAAUGACUUGGAAGAAGUCAAAAAUCCGGUGGAUGAACAAGAUUCCUCUGCUGAGCUCUCAAGUCAUGAUGUUGACAGUGAAUCUCACAUAAGUGAAUCUAGUGACCCCACAUCGGAUGCUGAGAGCAUCUCGAUCAAAAAUAAGGAGGACGCCACCAGAGACUUCCUGAAAGACAGCUCAGAGGACUCAUUAUGUAGUUCUGAUAGCCUAGAACAGAUGAAGGCUAUUUAUAAAAGCUUCCUCAAUAAUCCUUACUGGUCCUUGCUGAGCUUGAAUUCCUCUCAACCAUAUGCCGAGGAACAGCCUGCCAAUAGCAGCGGUAGUAGCAGCAACAAUAGUAGUCCAGGUCGCAACUCCAUUGACUGGCACCAGUCUGCUAUUGCAAAGACACUCCAACAGAUGUCUCAGAAACAACCGAUUGCACUUGAACCAAGUCUUUUCUCCACUGUACAGCUCUACCGCCAAAGCACUAAACUCUAUGGAUCCAUCUUCACUGGAGCUAGCAAGUUCCACUGCAAAAGCUGUAGUGCAUCAUAUGACACCCUACUUGAUCUCACCGUUCACAUGAACGAAACAGACCACUACAGUGAUGACAACCAUGAAGGUGCUAGCAAGGGCACCAAAUCCUGGUCCAAGCCACGUAAGCGUUCUAUUUUGGAGAUGGAGGGCAAGGAAGAUGCCCAGAAAGUCCUACGUUGUAUGUACUGUGGGCACUCUUUUGAAUCCUUGCAAGAUCUCAGCGUACACAUGAUAAAGACAAAGCACUACCAAAAAGUACCUCUGAGAGAACCAAGAACAGUAAUCGCUGCUAAAGUUGUCUCUUCUUUCAGAAAGAGAGUUUCGGUGGAGUUGGAUAUUGGAAAAUCUCUGCAAACCACCGAGAAGAGAAGUCCAUAUGGAGGACAGGCCAGUGAUAUUUUACAGAUGUAUUCUGGACAGUCUUUCACCAACAAAGAAGACUCAAUAAACCAGAAGGGUACUCCCCGUGGUAUGCAACCAAAGUCUCAGAACUUCACAUGUAUGGAGUGUGGAAUUUCACAUGACUCCUUGCAGCAAUUGAGUGCUCACAUGAUGUUGACCAGUCACUUUGUAAGAGUCAACCAAUCAUCAAAAAAGACAGACAAGCCCCUUUCAAUACAAACAGUCUCAACUCCUCCCCCCAAAAAUAAGCAUAAGAGGGCUCAGUCCGGUAUGCAAAGUUCCACUCCUCGCUCAGCAACAGGAAUCAAGGACCCAUCUUCUUGCCCGUCUCCAACGAUUAAGGACAGCAAGAAUAAGAUGCAAGUAAUAUCAUCCCUGAAAGACCACGAUUGUAAAGCGUCUGCAAAUGCAAGUGAUGCCAAGGAGAAAUUUGGCAUGUCAUCAAAAUCUGAUUACCUUACUGAAGGGGAUCUUAAAGAGAGCCCUAAAAUGGAUUUUGAUAUUCUUAAAUCACUGGAGAAUACUGUCACUUUGGCCAUUAACAAAGCACAGAGGGGCACCCCAAGCUGGGGGGGCUACCAAAGCAUUCAUGCAGCUUAUCUGUUACAAAACCAUCUGAAACCUCCUCUGCACAACUCACCUUUGAAACAAUCAGCCAAUGGGCAGGAAGUCCAGUCUUUAGGCAAAAGUCUACUGGUCACUCCAAACACUCAACCAAGUGCUCCCUCAACAGUUGAUCACCAUGCCAUGGAUGAAUUGGAGAAGAUGGUUACAGAAAAUGAUGCUGAAGUGGAGGAAGAAAGGAAAGACUUUAAUGGACAGGGAUCUGUGAAAGGGAAAUCACUUGCAUUAAGCUCCCCAACUGAGGUCACUGUAGGUAACACAGUUGAGAAGAAUACUCUGAAGCACACUCAAGACUUCCGAAAACCUCCCACCUCUGUUUCAGAUCUGUAUGAUAAUUCUUCUCUACAAUCUGCACACCCUGAGCACAAACAACCCUCUGUCAGUCCUAUAAGUGCCCUUCAGUCAGUUAUGAAUCUUCAUCUGGGUAAAGCUGCCAAACCGGUGAGGCCUGUCCAGGACCCGAUGAGUAUGCUUCUCAGGAUGAGCAACAGCAUGGCGGAAAGGGCUGCACUGGCUGCUCCAUCUGGACACUCAAUGAAACUAAGCCAGUCACAUUCCAACUGCCAUGAAAUUUAUGGAGACCAACCGAUAGACUUGUCCAAAGGCAAAACUGAACAGUGUCUUAAGGCUGCCACUCUCCCAGGCAAAGCAUUGAGUUCCUCCCCAUCUGUGAGUGAAUCAGCUGCUUCAAAAUUAUUCACACCAGACAGUCCUUUGUGUGAAAAUGCUCUCUCAGACAUAUCAGAAAUGCUGCAUAAUCUGUCGGACUCUCAAGUUCUGAAGCCGCCAACACUUUUAUGUAGGACAGAGCAGUCAGAAAUUGAGGGCUCUCAUACUUCAGAUGAUGCGGAAGAUAUGUCCGUGGUGUACAAACGUAAAGGUAGGCAGUCACACUGGAAACCCCAGCAUUUGCGGAUUUUGCAGGCUCAGUUCACUUCUUGCCUCAGGCAGACAGCUGAUGGAAAGUAUGUGAUAUCAGACUUGAGCUCGCAGGAUAGGAUGGUCAUAUCCCAUAUAACAGGUCUGUCUAUGACAACCAUCAGCCACUGGCUGGCCAAUGUGAAAUAUCAGCUGAGACGGACAGGCAGAACAAAAUUCAUAAAGAACGCUGAAUCUGGGCACCCAGUUUUCUACUGUAGUGAAUGUGCUACACAGUUCCAAGCUCGCUCAACAUACAUCUGUCACCUUGAGUCACACCUUGGGUUUAAAAUGAAAGACUUGGCCAAACUUACUUCUCCUCCUGGAAAACCUUUGCUUCCUUCUGUAUCACUUGCUAGAGGAGGUCAAGAUCAACUGCUAACAGUGCCAGCACUCUAAAAAUCCAAUGUUUUUUAAAUUAACAUUUAAAUUAACAAGGUGUAAUGCUAUAAUAUAUAAAACAAACUAAUUUAGCACUAUAUGCCAGGAUAUUUAUUGGAUGUUUAGAUUACACAAUUGGUUCAUAAUCUAAGGAUUCAUAAGCAAAUAUUUAUGCAUUUUUAAUACAUUAAUAUUCACAUUUGGCCUUAAGGGUAGGCUAAGCUCUAUGGUCAUAGAUGUUAUCAUGGUAUUUUUAACAUUAAAAAUAUUUUCAGAAUUGUAAAGGUGGCUACUGCCAACUUUACCAAACAAAUACUAAACUAUAACAGUAUGUAAAUUUAUAUGUUUUAAAAUUAUGUCUUAACAUUCUUGAGUUGCUUUUCUUGACAUUAAGUUUCUGCUCUUAUGAGAAAAGAAUGUACAUUUGUACAUAGAUAAACUGUAAUGUUAUGAAUCUCUCUCUCAUGUUUACCAGUCCCAAAAGUUUGUUCAUGCAUAAAGAAUGUGAUUUAUUUAAAAUUAUAUGAUUAAAAAGUUGAAUUAAAUGUGUUAAGUCUUAAACCUUU